AUGGUUCGGUCAAGCACGUUGCUUCCAAUCCUCUUCGCAGGGUUGACUGCCGCUUCGCCCACCGCGCACCUUACACACCCAAGUCGCAAUGACAGCCGAGUGUCCCUAGCAGGGCAAGUCUUUGCCAUUCGACCACUCCAAAACGCAUACCUUCCCUCUGACAAAUCUCCCAGCGUGAACAUCAUCGGCCUCGCAUGGGACAUGAGCGUCCUAGGCUCCGCAUUCAGCGAAUUCGAAGCCACCAACUGCAACGCUUCGUACGACGUGUAUCCCUACUACGAUCCGCCCGAGCACUAUACCGAGUGGCGAGCCCAAGGCUUCAACCUCUUCCGCGUUCCCGUCGGUUGGCAGCAUCUGCAGGACGAUUUGAGGAGCGAGUUGAACCAGACGACGCUCCAGCAUCUCGAUGGUUUGAUCGAUGCCAUCACGAACGAUGGCAGUACGGCGAUUCUCGAUGUUCACAACUAUGCCAGAUGGUAUUGCUCCGUCAUCGGACAACCAGAGAGCAACCUGCCGUGGCUGUCGAACAAGACCGUCACCGACGACGACUUUGUCGAUCUCUGGGUCAAGUUGGCCAGACACUAUCACGAGAAUCCUCACGUCAUGUUCCAGCUCAUGAACGAGCCCCACGAUCUGAACAUCACCAAAUGGGCCCACACAAACCAGAAUGUCAUCAACGCCAUCCGUCACCUCAACGCCACGCAGCCCAUCCUCAUUUCAGGCACGCAAUUCGCCCGCCUAACCAACUGGCAAGACUACUCGCAGGCCGCGCUCUCCACCAUCACCGACCCGCUCGACAACACCCUCUACGACUUCCACCAGUACUUCGACGACGACGGCGGCGCAUACGGCGUCUGCGAGCCGUGGUCAACGUUCCUGCCCCGGUACGAAGAAAUUACCAACUUUGUGCGCGGCUCCUGGAGGAAGGCUAUCAUGACGGAGUUUGGCGGGGCGCCUGUCAAGGCGUGCGUGGAGCUUGUCGAGAGCAUGUUGACAUACUUCGAGGAGCAUCGGGAUGUGUGGGUGGGUUGGACGGCGUGGGGGUCGUUUAAUCCGGGCGAUUUGUGCUUGACGAUGGAGCCGGAGAGUCCGUUCUCGACGCUGACGAACGUUCUGAAGAUGCAUGCGCCUUUGACGUGA